AGCUCCUCUCCUAAAGCCGCUGCCGUCCAUCCCGGCUGGACAGGGACAUGUUGGACGAGUCCCUGUGUGUGUGCGUGCGUGUGAGAAUGUGAGCGGAGGUGGAGGGGGCUCGACCAACUAUGUGGAUGAGGCCGCGCUGCACGUCGCUACGCCCCUGCUCGCUCCAAGUCAGACGGCUCCUUCUCCUUGCGUUUUCUCGUCUGCUGGCUGCCUCUCUUUCAGCACCCUUCCUUUAAGGAAAGCAGCGCACACCCCCUUCCGGUGUCCUUCUAUCCCUCCUUUUUCUUAUUCCAUCCAUCCCUCCAUCCUCCACUCUCGGGAUCAUUUACUCGCCAGCGAGCGAAUCGAAUGCAAAGAAGAUUUUCAAUCGAGACGUACAAAAGUGCAAGGAAUAACUUUGGGGGAUUUAUUUACCCAAGAAAGACAAAAGCCUUCACUGGGUGGACGAAGAAGCUGCGUGACCCGACCCGGUGCUGCUGAAGUGGUGCCAAGCCUCUUCUCUUCCUUCCUUCCUCCCUUGACGCGGACAUGGCCACGAACGGGACCAAAGCGUCGGACGGCCACGUCCUAACGGAGACCGUGAGCGAGGCACCGACGAGCACGGCCAACGACAAACCCAAAACCCUGGUGGUGAAGGUGCAGACGAGCAAAAAGGACGUACCCGACCGAGAGACGUGGGGCGGGAAAUUUGACUUCUUGCUCUCCUGUGUGGGAUACGCAAUCGGACUCGGAAAUGUUUGGAGAUUUCCUUAUUUGUGUGGAAAAAAUGGAGGAGGAGCCUUCUUGAUUCCUUAUUUUCUGACCUUGAUAUUUGCUGGCAUGCCCCUCUUCUUUCUGGAGACGGCUCUUGGUCAGUACACGUCGAUUGGGGGACUCGGAGUAUGGAAGCUUGCUCCCAUGUUCAAAGGUGUUGGUUUGGCCGCUGCUGUUCUCUCCUUCUGGCUAAACAUAUAUUACAUUGUCAUCAUUUCCUGGGCCCUUUACUAUCUGUACAACUCCUUCACCACAGAACUGCCAUGGCAGACUUGCGGUAAUUCUUGGAACACAGACCGCUGCUACACCAACUACAGCAUUGCCGAUACUACAAACCUCACCAGCGCUGUAGUGGAGUUCUGGGAACGCAAUAUGCACCAGCUAACCGAUGGCCUGGAGAAACCUGGAGAGAUCAGGUUGCCGCUGGCCAUCACCCUGGCCAUUGGCUGGGUGCUGGUCUAUUUCUGCAUCUGGAAGGGGGUCAGCUGGACCGGCAAAGUGGUAUACUUCUCAGCCACAUACCCAUAUUUUAUGCUGUUCAUCCUAUUUUGUCGUGGCAUCAGUCUCCCUGGAGCUAUUGAUGGAAUCCUUUUCUACAUCACACCAGACUUUGACAAACUAACAAAGUCUGAGGUUUGGCUCGAUGCUGCCACUCAGAUCUUCUUUUCCUAUGGACUGGGAUUGGGCUCUCUGAUUGCACUGGGGAGCUACAACCCUUUCAACAACAAUGUAUACAGAGAUUCUGUCAUUGUCUGCUGCAUCAACUCCUUCACCAGCAUGUUUGCCGGCUUUGUCAUCUUCUCCAUUGUGGGAUUCAUGUCGAACGUGACAAAAAGACCCAUUGCUGAUGUGGCAGCCUCAGGACCUGGGCUGGCAUUUUUGGCUUAUCCCGAAGCUGUGACCCAGCUUCCAAUCUCCCCUCUAUGGGCCAUCCUCUUCUUCUCCAUGCUGCUGAUGCUUGGAAUCGACAGCCAGUUCUGCACUGUGGAAGGCUUCAUCACCGCACUUGUGGACGAGUUCCCUCAUAUUCUGAGGAAGAGGCGGGAGAUUUUCAUCGCUGUCGUCUGCCUUGUCUCCUACAUCAUUGGACUAUCCAACAUCACCCAGGGUGGCCUGUACGUCUUUAAGCUCUUUGACUACUACUCAGCCAGCGGGAUGUGUUUGCUAUUCCUUGUCUUCUUCGAAUGCGUCUCCAUUUCGUGGUUCUACGGUGUGAAUAAAUUCUACGACAACAUUGAGGAAAUGAUUGGCUACAAGCCCUGUGUGUGGUGGAAGGCCUGCUGGGUUGUUUUCACGCCGCUCAUUGUGGCUGGAGUGUUCCUGUUCAGUGCCGUGCAGAUGGUGCCCCUUACCAUGGGCGACUAUGUGUUCCCAGCCUGGGGCCAGGGUGUCGGGUGGUUAAUGGCCCUCUCCUCCAUGGUCCUCAUCCCUGGCUACAUGGGCUACAUGUUCCUCACUCUCAAAGGCACAUACAAAGAGCGUCUGAGAAUGAUGAUCAAGCCAGUGGUACUGGUGAAGACUCAGGAAAACGGUCCAGAGCAGCAAACGGAAAGUCAGAACCAGAACCCUGCCACCGAGGAGGCGUACAUCUAGAACCUCGUGUGCGUCUCUCUUGUCUCAGUUGUUCUCCGUCGGGCUCCGAACACGCCCCACGAGAAGCGGAAUCAAGGUUGGGAACGACCACCAGACGUCCACGUCUGCUUUCAUUCACCUACCUCCUGGGGACACGUGAGACCAACCUGACCACAUUUCAGAUUAUUAUUGUUAUUAGAAAUCUGUUUAUUAUUUGAGUGUUGUAUCAUACAGAGGAAACUACCCAGCCAAGUUUGUGUACUUAUGAAAUUCAAAAGAGAUGUUUUAGAGCAUUAAAUAGGAGUGGGGGGGGGGGGGGGCACACAAACCACGACAAAAUGUAAUUUAAAUUAGGAGGGCUGUAUUGAUUCAAACGUUUACCAGUUAAACUACAUUAACUGUUAAAAAAAAAAAAAAAAAAAAAGACAAAUAUCCGAUUCAGUGCAUUUUUGCUUGUACAUUAAGUAAAUACAUGAAUUACUUGUCAUGUUCUAGAUGGAAUUUUUGAAAGACAUUUAUUAAAAUGGAAUGCGAAUGGGGCCAAAUGCUGAUCCUGACUGUUUACCAGCCACGUCUGGGGGCUUACACCUUUGAAAAGCACAAUUAUAGUCUGACGAGUUUGAACUUCAAGACAACAGCAAAAAAAAAAGUAAAUAAAUGAAACAAUAAUAAAUAAUUAUAUAAAUAAAUAUACUUCAGUAGGAUAUGUAGCAAAAGACUGUCAUCACUGUUGACAGUUUUAUCUUGAUUUUAUGAAGAAAUAUAACCAUGUACAGAAUGUUGUUGAAAUUAUUAUUAUGUGUUAUUAUUUUUUUAAUAGAAUAUCGCUGAGGUAUUUAUUUCAGACUGAGUACGACCAGACAAAGCGCACACAAUGGUUUGAAUAUUACAGGUCCAAAGUCAGUUUCACCAUGCGAUGAAGUGACCACAACAAGCAAUCUGUUAAUCAUGUCAACAUCCUAUUAUUUGUUAUAAUUCCACAAGCAUUCAGGCAGGAGUCUGAAUUUGGAAAAAUAAGCUAAAGAUGACAGAGCCGCUGUGACUGACUAUAUAAAACUACUGACCAACUCCUCAGGAACAAAGGUGGACAUGAUCAAAUGCCCCCAGAUAUGAUACACUGAAUCCCACAGGUAGGGGAAGAAACAUCUAUUAGCAGAGAGGCCUUUAUUUGUACAAGAAUAUUUUAUCCAAAUAACAUUGAGUAAUGAUUUCUAAGCAAAAUAUAUAUUACAAUUUAUGUCAUGUAUAAAAUUCCGUUCAAAUGAAAACAAUAAGGCAGAUUAAGCACAUACUGUACAGCUAGAACUAGGGCUAAACCGGGCAGAAUGAAUAAAAGAAAUGUGUACAAUAUUGUGGAGUGACAAAACAAACAUGAACAGCAUUAUAACCAAGUCAAGUCAGAGUGCAAGCUACCCUAUCCAUAUAAUAGAACAUAAAUAUGGACAAUCGCUGAGCAAAUGCAUGCCAGAAAACUUAUAAGGGUAAUUGUAGCCAAAGCCAUCUCCGCAUAGCAUUAGAUCAUCUUAAGUCAUGUGGUUUACAACAUUGUGGAGUUAAAAAUCCUGCCUCCACUUGACAAAACUUAAACAUGGACGAGCACAACUUUGUAGAAUAACCAAGAAUGCAGUGUUGUUUUUGGCAGCCCUUUUAAUGUUCGUCUUAGUCUAUUGGAAGACAAUACUUAUUUGUCUUAGUCAUAUUUUAAUCAUCUCAAAAUGAUUAUCUCUACUUCUACUUUUGUUGAUGAAAAUUCAACACUAAUUUCGUCUAGUUUUAGUCGAUGUUUAAUAAAAAUGCUUUUGUCUGUAAAAUGGAAAAAAAAAUAAUUAUACCCACCAGGACGCCACGAACUGUAAUUUAAAAAAGUUGACUGACAGUUUAAGAGGACACUCGCCAUUAGCGAUAGUCUGAUGCUAACGCGAACGUGAAUGCUAUGCUAAUGCUACGAGUUACAUUUAGUGUGCGAUGAUCACUCAGCACAGAGAGUUUACGAGGACUCUCGUCGUUAUCAAUAGCCUGAUGCUAACGUGAAUGUGAAUGCUAUGCUAACGCUACGAGUUACAUUUAGUGUGUGAUGGUGACUCAGCACAGACCUUUAAAGGCCAAAGCAACAUUGCAUAUUCUCUCUUGUGCCAAGAAAAGAAGACUAAUCUUAAGGUUUGUAUCUCAAAACAGGCAAUGGAACGACUGGAGAGGAACCUAGCGGGUGGGCGCAGCAUGUCACAUGAGCAUACCUGUCAACCCGAGGCCGUUGGCAUUCUUACAAAUAGUGGCGUAUGCCCUUACAAAUUGGUGACUAAUCUCACAACGUUCUAUAUACCAUGCAAUAUGAAACAAAAAUAAAACUCAUUGUUGAAUAUAAUAUGAAUAUUUUGGUAAUAUUGUCACAUAUAACCUGGUGCAAUCAAAGAACAAUAUACUGUAUAUCUUGAGCUACAUCAUGAUUACUAAAAUUUAACAGUGACUUUUGUUACUUUUGGCAAUUUCGAUCACGUUUUUUGAUGGCUGCACUUAAUGACACUUCAGCACGCAAUUCAGUUUAACUUGCAGAUAGUUCGUUUGUGUGUCCAAUUAUAAAUUAAAAAGGUCAAUUGAUAAAAUUAACUUACAGAUGCAAUCUUUGAGUCAGGGAACAUUUCUUUUGCUAAUUUUGAGAAGGGAUCAGCAAAUUGUGUUCGUCAAGAAAUUGGCAGAAUAAAAUCUCCGCCUUUGUCACAUUUCAUUCUGCAGACUGAGUCUUUAUGACCAGUGUUGUUAAUCUUACUUUAAAAAAGUAAUUAAUUACAGUUACAAAUUACUUCUCUCAAAAAGUAAUUGAGUUAGUAACUUAGUUGCCUGAAUGUAAGAUUAAUUAGCUACUUGGCAAAGUAACUGGGGUUUUCUUUCAUUUUUUUUUUUUUAUUCAAAACGACAACCAAAAAAAAACAUAGUAACCUUUGCUAUGUUUGGAAGUCAUUUAUUGUUGUGAAUCAACUGUUAAAGUUUACUCCCGUUUUUGCAUUACUUCCCUUGUGUCUACUUUCGAAAUGUGAAAGUUUUAAAACUGUUUCUUCAUUUAAAGAUAGAUUCAAGUCAAGAUUUUGCCGAUUUAGGAGAAUUUUAGAUAAAAAAUUACUUAGGUUUGCUUGGAAGGUUCACUACAACAGAGCCUUUCUGAGAAGUCUGCUGCUUUAAGAUGGCGGCUGUUUACUAAGGGCGCCAAGUCUGUCAUUUCGCAUCUAGUUCUAUAUGCAUGAGAUAUCUAGUGUAGCAUCAAGUGGGCAUGGAUUGUAGGCUGUCGGCUACAGUCAGGAAAUAUUGGAGCCACCUGGCCUAGAAUCGCAUUUGCAACAGCAUCACAACACUCUUCCCUCUUUCCCACUCCCAAGUCAUUCAACCAACGUAGUAACGCAUAGUAACGCACAUUGUCUCGUUGCCGAAACGGUGACAAAAUCCGAACGGGGAAAAAAAACGUAAUGCACGAAAAACAUACAGAUUUUUAACAUACAGCGUACAAAUUUAAAAAUCAGUGCUCACUUGUACAAAUUAUGCCGAAACCGUACAACUUGACAGGUAUGCAUGAGUGACACAACCAGACACACAUUGUGAACAUGUGACAAAAACUAUGGCGCAUUUUCGUCUCAUUCUCGUCUUGUCAGACAAAAACUGGCAUUCGUGUUGUUACGUUUUAGUCUCCCAAGACACGUUUUUAGCUCGUUAUAGUCUCAUCAUCGUCAUGAAAAAAUUGUUUGUCUACGAAAUAUUUUCGUUACAGUCAUCAUUGAGGAAAACAACACUGCAAGAAUGCAAGUCAUCUUUCAACCUGCUGUCCCAAUUUAAAGCAGAAGUUCAGAAUUUAAUACAUUAGCCUUAAUCUUUGAGUUAUCAGGGUUUUAAUUAGUCGGUGGAGCUGAUUUUAAUUGAAGAAAUACCCCUCAAUGUCAAUUUAUAAUUCUCAUAUAUUGACAAAGACGGGUAUUUAUUCAUGAGUGAACCACAAAUAUCUGUGGAGCAACAUCAUAAACGUCUCAUCCAACUAUUCACCCUCCCACUAUUAGUAGGGAUAACAUUACUAUGGAACGGCGCUGCCCCCUAGUCCCUGGUGGCAUUCUCCCCAUCAACAAAUUCCGUCAGUAAUCUGUUAGUUUCAGGGCAACGGAGUGGCUAAGGUAGCGUGAGUCAAUGGUCCCAUUUUAGCAUGUCAUUAUUAAAAAUAACAAUAUUGACAGGUCUAACAGAGUCAAACAAAAUUCAAAAUGCAGAUCAGUGUUGCAAUUAUCCAUGCGGCCAAAACAAUGUCACACCAAACUGCAGUAAUUCAUUUGAUUUUGCAGGACUAUUUUUUUCGAUGCGUAAUGCAACCACAAUGCACAAUGCAAAGCACAAAGGAGUGCUUUGGCCACUCGUGCUAGUGCUGCAUUCGAGGAAGGUGAACUUAUCUGACUUAUCCUACUCGGAUGGUACCAGUUGGCACCUCAAAACGUUCCAAGUGAAUCUAAACAGCAAGAUGGCUGAUCGCGUAAGCGAUCAAAUAGUGGAGAAAAAACGAUGGCUAAGGUAAAUAGCAGACUCUAAUUAACUGCCUUCUUUAGUUUUACUAUUGACAGUCGGCUUUUCGUCGGGCAGUGCCGUUUUGGCGAGUGACGUCAGAUUUAAGCAAUUCGUGAAGUUGGGGUACUUUUUUCCCCUUGACUUUCCCUAGACUUUGCGACUAGGGCCUCCCAGCUCGAGUGGCGCUUCAAUGAUAUUUUUCCUGGUUGGAGGUUGGAAAACUCUGACUUCCUACCUUCCUCGAAUGCAGCAUCAGUCUAGUUAGUCUUGACUGAAGAACGGCAACAAAAUGAAAUGUACAUUUAGAGACUGUGAAAACAGAAGAAAUGGACAAAUUAAAGUUUUCACAUCCCUAUGAAGAACGAGAAACAAUAUAAACUGUGGUUACUAGCUGCUGGCUACGACAAACACACCGGUGGAAAAAAUAUCACUCCUCUCUGUAGCCUGUUCCCUGCAGAGCUCCUGGAUUACAAAUGUUGCUGUUCAUACUACAAUUAUUUAUAUGUAAUGGUAAGUUUUAAUAACUUUAUCCUGAAAAUAUAGCCAACACUAUUGACUGUAUGGGUCGUCAGUGAUUCUCAUGCAUGCAUAUUUUGUUUUUUAUUGGCAUGCUAAGAUGGGACCAUUGACCAUCGCACUAACUUAGCCACUCUGGUGCCAUGAAACUAACAAAUAACUGACAAACUGCACGGAAUUUGUUUAAAUCAACUCCACCAACUAAUUAAGCCCCCACUAACUUGAAGAUUAAGCCUAAUUUAAAAAAUUUAGAACUUCCCCUUUAACAUUAAAUCAUUUUUUCUGCCUUGCUGUUUAGCUUAGCAACCAUGUGCAAACAGACCUAUUUUUUAAUGCUGCUGUUUGAUCAACAGUGUCUUUGACUUUAAAUAAUUUCAGUAAUUACCCUCGCAUUUAUUCUUCUUCUUGUCGUCUUGUUUAAAUAAUUUUUCACACUCCUGGAGGAACUCAAGUUAAAAUCGGUGUCUUUAGACUUCUGAGAGAUUGUUCACAUGCUAUGCUAGGUACUGGUGAAUUUGGUUAGCAGCGGAAACCAAGAAGGUUUUGUUAACACCGUAAUGUUGGUGUGUGAGCAGCAUUUAUUUAAAGAAGGCGUUCAUUUAUCUCAAAUAGGCAUUUUAGGUAGGGCCACCAUUUGAAGAAAUGCAUGAAAAUCACAUUUUCAACUUCUAUAUGAAACAUUUGACCCUUUAUCUUUAAAAACAGAUCCAAACCUGUGUGUGUCUGUUUGCGUGCGCGUGGACUUUCUUUCUGCCCUCAGUUCUUUUCUAAUAUUGAUGAAAGAGCUAUCGAAUGAAGGUGAUUUUCACAUUGGGUGGGAUCGGUGUAAAUCCUGGUGACUCCUUUUUAUAGGGUAACAGAAAACCUAUCAUUACAUAUCAAGUUUGCACGGCAAUAUGACGUAAAGAAAUAAAGGACUGACAUUGUGUGAGUGACUUAGAUGAAUUACCUGAAUAAUCCCUCUGGGGAUCAAUAAAUGAUAACUUGUCUUAACUUAUUACUGUAAAGAAAGACUAAAAAAAGAAAUUUAUUAUGACAGAAAUAAUAAGAUUUGCUUCUGUGGCAGCUACAUGCGACAGGAAUCAGGUUGAAUCCAUCCCGUUCCUUGUCUUUUAUUUAUGUAUUUUCUUUUGAAGUGCAUAAAUGAAAGGACACGACGACGACGAAGGAUUCGGUGCAUUUUUUGUACAGUUACCACACUGCAGUUUUCUCUCUUGAAUAAUGAUGUUGUAAACUGGACUGUGUAAUACAUGUAUCUGUGAAUGUGCGUACAACCUAUUUUUUGUUCUAUUUUUUCUGUUGAUUCAAUGUGGAAGAAAAACAGAAAAUAUAAAAAAAAAUAAAAAUAAAAAAUAAAAUGCUGUUUUCGGCAAUAUUAUCAUCUCGGAAAAACUCAAGCACAUCUCUCUUCGCUGUACAAACGAUCAUAACAGAAUAGAGUAAUAAUGCAGAUGAUAAAAAUAAUGUCAGAAAUGUCUAGUCAAAGAAUAUUGUUUUGUAUAUUUUUAGCUGUUUCAUGGGCCUGAUGUAAAAUAUUACAUGUAAAAAAAUACAUAUAUAAAUAUAUAUAUAUAAUAAAUGUCUUUAGAUGUGUUUAUGAAAAAGCAUGGUUGCAAUAUAUGUUAUCUGCAAAAAUAAAUAAAGACCUAUAGAUUAUAA